AUUAUUUUUCAAUUCUUUUAACUUUGUUUUUCAUUUUUCAUUUUGUAUCAUAGUUAUUAUUUUUUUACCCCUUUAUUUAUUUCAACGAUUUUUCAUUUUACAAUUUCACAAUUUAAACGUUAUAAUGGCGAAUUUUGGUGAAUUAACACCCCUUUACAAAAGUUUAAGAAAUAAAAUGAGCAAACAAGGAACUUGAUGGAUAUUUUAAAGAAUAAUCAGGGCGUUCAGAUCGAAGAGAUUUACUCCCUUCACUGUAUAUACUACCCUGUUAAGAUACUUAAUUAUGGAGGUUUACGUUCCGAUAGGUUCCCAGUUGACUGUAUGUCUGAGUGUGCCUAUGCUUCUUUGCUCGAGAAAUCGAAAUUUUCAACCAACAUUAAGCUGAAUGAGAGCUCAAUUAAAGGCUCGGUUCGGUCAGAACUGCUCCGGUUCUGCUUCAAAAUCUCACCUUUUAUUACAACUGAGCUUUCUAACUCAGUCUACUCACUUGUUGAUGUGACUUUUCCAAAGCAUUAUCCUAACAAGCCCCCGUUUAUAGUCUUGAAAAUGACCAUCCCUAUGAAUAACGAAUUGAAAAAAAGACUAAAACUUAAGCUUACCAAGGAAAUUAACAGGCUUACUGGGCAACACUGCCUCUUCGAAAUCAGCAUUUUUUUGGCGGAUUUUAUGGCCAAAGUUAACUCAGACCGUGAAAUUCUAUUCGAAGAUUCCACCGCCAGAGAAUUUACGCAAGAUUACAGAAGCGUCUCCUCCGAUUCUUCGCAUUCUUCAAACUCCUCCAAUUCAUACAUUACCAACACUGUUACUAAUAUCAGUAACACGGUUGACGGUGCUAACAAAACUGAAUAUAUAAAUUCGGAGAGGAUAUUGGAGGAAAGUGUUGAUAAUUUAGUGCAGGUUGGAGUGAAUAAACAACAUAAGGAGUUUGAGUUUCCUGUUUGGUCGAUCCAGUCAAUAGUUCAGGCGCCAAUUUGGUACGAAAAUUUUGAGGAAGAAGACGAGAAUUCGUCAGAUUUACAGCUAGAAAAGGCGACUAAGACUCCCAGUAAAGUUGGUUUCGCUAAGAAACAGACUCACAGGCUUGUGAUCUCUGAAGUUACUUCUGAGAGUAGCAUAAGGAGUAAGGAGUCUGAGGAUCAGAAAAUACGCUCAGUGACUAAUAUUGAGCUGUAUUUUACACUUGAGUCCGAAGUUAAUUUAAAGCUGAUAAAAAAGCUUUUACUCGAAUAUACUGGAGACACAUAUUUCAGGUUUCAGAUGGAUUUUACAUCAGUUGAAACAGUUAAUUCCAGUAUUUCCUCUAGCCUCCUCAGUGUAAAGCACGGUUUAGACCAGAAUUUGUACUAUAUAAAGGCGUUUCAUUUACCCUCUUUGUGCCCCUACACUAACCUAUCGAACCUUAAUGUGAGUAAUUUGCUACACUUAUUUAGAGUAAAACGAAGAAUCAUUUUGAAUGAAAUGAUUUCGAGGGUCUCACACCUCUCAAAACUAGAACACAACAGCCUCUGUCGCUACUACCAGUCCUGGCUCGAAAAGAAACCUGACCCAAGCAUCAUCGAAUUCUUAAUCCAUAACAUUGAUACACUUCUAAAAUAUAGAUCAUUCUCUUCUUUAUACAAUAGUAACACUAAUAACUCAGUUGAAAGUUCUGUUGUCACUAGUAAACAGUUUGGUAACACUAGUGACCAUAGUAGUAACACUCAAGGCUCUUUAGAAAGCCAUACUGACAACACCAGUAACUCUGUGGAAAAUGCCCAGAAUGAGUUGUUGAUAUUAUUGUUGAAGUAUUUCCCAGGGCUUGGUGAGCAUUAUUUGUACGAGAUCGUGACUGAACGUAAUUUGUACGUUCAGGCACAGAACAUCAACUGCCACACAUUGAGGCAUGAGAUUGAAACCAAUAGUUUGUGGAAAGAUGAAAAGCUUAUUUGGCGUUUUAUCCGUCAUUUGUUGGAUGUUUUGGCAUACUUACAUCAGAAUAACGUAUACCACCAGAGCCUCUCACUAGAUAACAUUUACGUCCACAACGACCUUUAUGGGACUGGAAGAGGUCUGAAAGUGUCGGAGUUUGGAAUAACUGGCCUAGCAAGGAAGUUGUUAAAACUUGAAAACGAGUGUGAUCGCAAGUUUUGUGACUGCAAAAGGUACAAAAAAUCUCUAAAAACUCAGUUAUACCUCUCGCAUCCCUCAAACUACAACCUCACACCCACCACACUAUCCAAUAUCACAUCAAAUUUCACCUCCAAUAUUCAUUCCAGACUAUAUUCCAUCGAUUUCGACAAUCUUAACAUUCCAAAUACUGUAAAUAAUAAUACUGGAAAUGCCGUAAAUAAUAGUAUUAGUAGUAUUAACAGUGUUGAAGGUAUCAGUAGUAGUGUGAAUUUGGAGAACUCUGUACAAUUACUGAAUAAUCAAUUAAAGGGCGGUUUAUUGAAUAACGGAAUGAUGGGAAUGAGUAGUGCGCUGGCGAGCAUAAAAUCAAGCGAGUUGGACGAGUUGCAGUUUGAGCAUAAUUGGGACCAGAUGGCGGCUGUUCAAGAGGACAUGUUUGCUUUAGGGUUGAUAAUCUUCAGCAUGUGGCAUCCGCCUGUGGAGGAGAGUGCGCUUUAUGAAUUACUUUGUUAUGUAAUUGGGACUCAAACAUUUCCCGACUACUUUCUGCAGACAACUCCGUCGAUCAUCAUCACCACUUUGAAGCGUCUGUUGACUCGUGAGAGGAGGCCAACGGCAGUAGAAUUGCUCAGAGAGACCCUUGUGCCCCCUGUGGUUGACAUUUAUAUGUACAAACAGUACCUCAGGAAACUAGAAAACCCUCAGUCUGACGAGUCACUUGAUGCCCUGAAGUUCCUCAUGCAUAGAGACUGGAAGUCUGACGUCUCAAAGUAUAAACAUGACUCCACACUUGAAACAAUGACACAUAACUCUUAUGUCACUGAUACACUCGAACGGUUCAUGAGAUCAAGAGGAGUUAUCAUACGACCUCCACUACCACUUCAAAUCAAGACACCAGAUAACAACGACUUGUUAUUGGGGAUUGAUGAAAGUAACACCGUUUUCUCGGUUGGAGGAAGUGUUCGGCAGUCUUUGCUAAGGUCAUUUGAGCUGUAUGCAGGAGAUGAUAGUGGAAUUGGAGUGAAACAAUUUUCGGUUGGAGAUGUUUUUGACGAGGAAAAGUGCAUUACUGAGUCGGUUUUCUCAAUUACAAUGAAGAUUGAAGGUGACUCUGGAGUUCCGAAGUCUGCCGGUAAAAAGUCUCUAGACUACAAGAACCUUGAUGACAAUUGCAUUCUGAUGAUUUCCACUCAAGUUGAUCUCAUUUUAAUCGCAAUUCAGUCUGUUUUAUCGCUUAACUUUAACCUCGAUACUUUUUUAACCAUUACCUUUCAGCCGUUAAUCAUCGACUUCUUGGGGAUAGUUUUGGAAACCAACACGGAGGUGGCCACUGAAAUAUUCCUUAAACUGCAGUCAACAGAUAUUAAUGAGUACACCUUUAACAUAUUAUUGAAGGAGUAUUCGAUUAAUAAAAGUGGCCAGUUAAAGGGACUAGUAGACUUACUUUCAGGACGUUUUAACAUUAUUUUGGGGCUUAAAAAACUACAUUUCCAUGUUAUAAACUCUAAAAUCCCCAAGCUCUAUAAAAGGGAUUUUAUUGCUCUUUAUCAACAAUUAGCGCAACUGGAUACUGAAUCUUAUAAUAAUGAAACUACCGAUUUUAAUAUCGAACCCGUUAGUCAUAGCCCAGAAAUGACUAGUUACAGACAAGAAACCACUAUUAAUGGAGAUAAUAAAGAAUUUGAAAGUAAUAAUGAGGUUCAGGGAAUAAAUGAGUAUGAGAAAUAUUACAAGAGAAUGUUAUAUAUGAUAGAGUUGGCGGUAAUGUUGAAGAAGUUAUCACUCGAUUCAUACUGUUGCAUAGAGUGCGUUUUGGGAGUAUAUUACACUGAAGUUUGCGAGUUUAACACUAAUUUCCCCUUUUUCCACCUAUUCGUGGUUGAUGAUAGGAAGAACUUGGUGAUGACUGGUGGCUGUUAUGGGACUACUUUAUCCUUUUUAGAGCCAUCAAACGUGCCCAAAGUUGUUCACUUCGAUUUGCAGUACUUUUUGGAUGAUUUGAUAAGGCUUUCAGUGAAUCAUAGCGGAGGCGUUGAAGGGUUUACUGUCAAGCCAACAGUUUCUGACACUGUUGACGUGGUGAUAACGUGCCAGACUUCAAAACUCCUCCCGGCAGCCGCAUCAAUUGCAAAUAAACUGAUUGACGCAGGGCUUUCGUGCGAGUGCAGAGCCGUCCCACUAAUCCUAACCAGCGAUUUCAACCACAGGCUCAGAACUAUAAAAAGUAUCAAGGCAAGAGUUCACUUGCAGAAGUCCUCAAACCCCUCAGAGGAACAACUGGACUCAGUAAAAACUAGCCAAACCCAGGUUGAAAAGGCGAAAUCAGCCCAGACAAACUCAGAAAAUGAUAUUCUUGAGGAUGAAGAAGACAAAACCCACCAUGGCAUUUUGUACCAUGUGGAACCCAUAAACGGGUCGUUCGGCCAGGCCAGAAAGAUUUAUAAUGAAGUUGCACUGGUCCAUUUUAUAAUUGGACAAUUAACUUAA